AUGUCAAAAUGGAUAGAAGUGCGUCAUAUGACUUCUACGUCUGCUUCUGCAACAGUCGACGUCCUGCGAGAAAUCUUUGCUACCCAUGGGAUACCUGAAGUCACAGUUUCCGAUAACGGAGGACAGUUUCGAGCAUUGGAGUAUCAGACUUUCUUAGAGAGGAAUCUCGUCAGAAGGGUUAUGAUCGCUCCAAGACGUCCGUCCGGAAAUGGUCAGGCUGAAAGAACAGUUCAGACCGUGAAAACUGCCGUAAGACGUAUUGUGAAGGGAAAUUGGAGGAAGCGUUUAGCCAAAUUCCUUCUUCAACAACAUUGCACUCCCACCACCACAAUAAGUGCUAGUCUUGCAAAACUGUUGAUGGGGAGGAAGCUAAGGCAUCGGAUAUCAGUUUCGAGCAUUGGAGUUCCAGACUUUCUUAGAGAGGAAUCUCGUCAGAGGGGUUAUGAUUGCACCAAGGCGUCCGUUCGGAAAUGGUCAGGCUGA